AACAAGAUCAUCUACCACAAAGAAAGAAGCAGAUAGAAGGAGCUUGAAGAUCAGAGCGGCUAUGGCGAUUUGUGGCUCUUAUAAUUGUUCUUCACUAGUUUUUCUGUUUACAACCCUAGUUCUUCUUUCCGUUCUCUUCUUCUCCACCCCCAGCUCCUUUGAUACUCGUUCGUUUUUCAGAUCCCUUAUCCCCUUAAACACAAACCAAAUCUUCAUUAACGAUCCUCCUGAUCGCAUUAAUAUUUUCUCCGCCAAACCCACCAGAAAUCUUAUUAGCCAUACCAAGAAGCAGGGUCGGUUGGAGAGAAUAGAAGCAGACUUAGGAAGAGCAAGAGCAGCCAUUCAUAAAGCCAUUAAAGCACGAAACUUUACUUCUGAUAGAGAAGAGACCUUCGUCCCCAGAGGAUCCAUUUACAGAAACCCAUACGCCUUUCAUCAGAGUCAUAUUGAGAUGAUAAAGAAAUUUAAGAUAUGGACAUACAAGGAGGGAAUCGGACCGUUGAUUCAUAGUGGACCCAUGAAAGGGAUUUACGGUAUUGAGGGACAAUUCAUCGACGAGAUGGAGAAUGGAAAUAGCAAAUUCAUGGCUCGUCAUCCUGACGAAGCCCAUGUUUUCUUUCUCCCUGUUAGUAUUGUCUACAUUGUUCAUUUUAUCUAUGUGCCUAUCACUACCUAUGCUCGUGAUCGCCUCAUGCGCAUUUUCAAUGACUAUGUUUAUGUUGUCGCUAAAAAGUACGAGUAUUGGAACAUUACAAAAGGAGCUGACCAUUUUAUGCUUUCGUGUCACGAUUGGGCUCCUGAAAUUAAGCAUGGAAAUCCAGAGUCAUACAAAUAUAUGAUACGAGUAUUAUGUAAUGCUAAUACUUCUGAAGGGUUUGAACCAAUAAGAGAUGUAACAUUACCAGAAGUGAAUGUACCUCCAACAAUGCUCAACCCACUAAGUGGAGAUCCCGAUGAAUCACCUAAAAAACGCACCAUUCUCGCAUUCUUUGCUGGUGGGGCUCAUGGCUAUGUACGAGCAAUCUUGUUUAAGCAUUGGAAGGAAAAAGAUAAUGACGUCCAAGUUUCUGAGUACUUACCAAAGGGUCAAAGUUAUAAUAAACUAAUGGCACAUAGUAAGUUUUGUUUGUGCCCGAGCGGAUACGAGGUCGCUAGCCCAAGAAUUGUGGAGGCAAUCCGUGCAGGAUGUGUUCCGGUGAUUAUUUCAGAUCAUUAUGUGUUGCCAUUUAGUGAUGUUCUAGAUUGGAGUGAGUUUUCUGUUCAGAUACCGCUUCAGAAGAUACCCGAAAUUAAAACAAUAUUGCAAAAUAUUUCAGAUAUUGAAUAUCUGAAACUGCAGAAAAAUGUGAUGAAAGUACAAAGACAUUUUGAACUCAAUCGUCCGGCAAAACCCUUUGACAUGUUUCACAUGUUGUAUCAUUCUAUUUGGCUUAGAAGGCUUAAUGUUAAAUUAUAACAUUAAGCAAAUUACUAGUUAUAUAGAACAAAUAUUUUAGCAAUUGUAUAAUUAAUAUCCCUCUAAUCCAAUAUAUAUAUAUAUAUAUUUUUUUUAAGAGUUUGUAGUUCUAUUAAAUAAGAUUUUAUUUCUUUA